GGAAGAGCGAUGCUGCGUCCAUUGUUAAACCGACCAGUUUUAUUUUGAACACUGAGCUGUAAAGAAGCUUGAGCCGUGUGUGAUCCGAUUGAAGACACCACCAGCUCACUGUAAGGAAUUAAACGAAAGCUGUGGUCGAUCAAUCUCUGCAACUUGGUUUGAAGUCCGAUUGAAGUUUGGGAGAAAGUGGAGCAUUAAUUAAGCAAAACGAGGAUCGACACGCAAGUCCUUUCCCCCCAAGCCAUGAUCACUGGUACCGUGCGCUCCUCACGGUGUGCGUAAGCUGCUGUGGAGAAUCUUCACAUUAUGAGACGCCAUGGCAUGGUGUGACCGAGGGGUUCAGACUUUGCUGGCUAUUGUGGGGGCCUUCGUCGCCUUUAGCCUCAUGACCAUCGCCAUCGGCACCGACUACUGGCUUUAUUCCCGAGCCUAUAUUUGCAAUGCAACUAAUGCCACAACCGACGAAACCCAGAUGCAAACCAAGAAAGUCAAAGGGGACCUGACGCACUCCGGGCUGUGGAGGAUUUGCUGCAUCGAAGGUAUCAACAAAGGAAGCUGUUUUCGGAUCAAUCAUUUUCCAGAGGAUAACGACUACGAUACAGACAGCUCAGAGUACAUCUUACGUAUAGUUCGUGCAUCAAGCCUGUUUCCAAUUCUCAGCACCAUCCUGCUGAUGUUGGGUGGCCUGUGUGUUGGAAUUGGACGCAUCUACAGCAGCAAGAACAACAUCCUGCUCAGUGCAGGCAUCCUGUUUGUAGCUGCAGGCCUGAGCAAUAUCAUUGGCAUCAUCGUCUACAUCUCCAGCAAUGCCGGCGACCCGAGUGACAAGAAAGACGAGGACAAGAAGAACCAGUACAGCUAUGGUUGGUCUUUCUACUUCGGUGCCCUCUCCUUCAUUGUAGCAGAGUCAGUGGGCGUUCUUGCAGUCAACAUUUAUAUUGAGAAAAACAAAGAGACGCGCUCCCGAUCCAAACGUGACUUCAUCAAAAGCACCUCAUCCUCUUCGCCGUACUCUCGCAUACCAAGUUACCGCUACAGGCGGAGGCGAUCGCGUUCCAGUUCCAGGUCAAGUGACCCAUCCCGUGAGCCCUCCCCAGUGGGAAUGAAGAUUGGCGGAGGAAUUGGGGGGGGACCAGGGCUGGGGCUGAAUUUGCCAGUGGGCGGUAUAUCCCUUUAUUCCCUGAGCAGGGACCCUUUGAAGGGUGGAAGUGGUACUGCAAGGCCCUACAGCCCAGAGCGGGACUCCAGGUUUUUACAAGUCCACAACUGCUUCCAGAAAGAUGUCAAGGAUGGAGGAAACAGGAGAACCACUCCAGUAUGAGGUCAGGAGUGUAUCCAACAAUAAACUUGAUGGUACACAUUAGAUGUUUACAGUUGAUGAGAAAAGGGUAUUUUCUCGCCAGGACUGUUUUUGGCAGCGGCAGCAAUGAAAGGUCCGAAUUUAGAGUUGCUUUUCUUACAUCCCUCUGUGAUAGAAAAACACCAGUAUUUCAAUGGGUGAGAGAGAAAAAUGACUUUUAAUGAUUGUGGUUGCCACAAUUUUGUAGCAAUAUUUGAAGAGUUUGGUUUUUGAAAAAUAUAAUGCUUAAAAUCUGGAAGGAAUAUUCUGCUCUUACAGAAAGAAAUGUGCCCGUCCUUGUAUUCUGUAAAGGUAGUCAUUUAUGACGUUGCCUUGAACCUUUAGUCUCAGAAAAGGAAUUCUUUUGAUUAAGAUGAAAAUAACCUGCCAAACUUGUUUGCAAAAGUGAUCUAUGUAACCGUUUGUUAUCAGAAUAUAAUCGUAUUGUAUUUGUUUGUACCUUAACACAAAUGGUGCUAACUCAAUCUGUACAUCUUUUAUAGUUUUAAGCCUUUCAAAGCCCAUUUGAAUACUUUUAUUGCGUCUUAAUAACCUUUACCAUGUACAUGAGUCAUGUCAUAAAUAUGUGUUGCCGUAUGUGUGUGUGUGUGUGUGUGUGUGUGUGUUCCUGUCUAGCUAUCUUUGUGAGGACCGAAAUCUGCAUUCUACUAUUCUUGUGAGAACCACAGUCACUUGUGAGGACACACAACCCGGUCCACACAAGUUUGAAGGCCUUUUUGAGGCUCAAAAUGUUUUAGUGUCAGGGUUACAAUUAGGUUAUGGUUAGGUUUAGGGUUA